AUGCCCCGGCACAAUAAGACCGAGGACCUCAAUUUCGAGAUUCACAUUGACCCAUCGUGCUUGAGCGACCCUAUGGACGAUAACGAUAACAAGGUUCACGAGGAGCCACAGGCGGAAGUUGAAGUCAACCACAACCAAGAAAACGAAUCUAUCAAGGAACUUGAUACCGAUAUUGAUACACCAGACCAUAACGACUCGACGGCCGAAGCCAAGGCAGAGCCUGGAGUCGAAGCUACAGAAGAAGACAAAUCUACUAUAACACCAGAAGAGACUGAGGAAGGGGAGCAGCCCAACCCAGAAUCAUCUGAGCUAGAGGCUCCAUCAGAAGCCGAGGAAUCCUCUAUUGCAGAGCCUGAAGCUGAACUUAAAGAAGAAGCUGAAGCUGAAGGCGAUACUUCAGAAGAGUCAAUUGAGCAUUCAGAGGCAGAGCAAGACGAUAUAGUCCAGCCUGCAUCUGAAGCUGAAGUCGAUACCACGUCUACAGAGCCCUUAUUGGACGAUACGGAAGAUAACGACGAGGACCAACCUACCCCUGUCGAAGACGUCACUCCCACUGAGGACACUCCUACCGAAAUUCCAAUUGAGGACACCCCUUCCGCAGAUAUCUCCACCAAGGACAUUCCCGUCGAAGAUCUUCCCGCUGAGGACCCCAAAGAGGACGAGCCUAUCGAAGACAAGGCUAGGUCUGCUGAAGCUGAGGUCGAAGACACGGCUGCCGAUUUCAACCAAGAAAGAGAAUUUUCCGAGUCCGAGUCAGACAACUCUGGGUCUCGUCGUGAGUCUUCUGCUUCCUCUGAAUCGGAUUACUCAGAUCGUCGACAUUCUGGUCGAUCCGAAGCCAUUCACAAGGCAGCUCGUGAUAUCGUCUCCCAGAUUGAUAACAACGAGAGACGAGAGUCUUUGAACAGCUACUCCGGAACAGACGACACCGGCUAUAUCUCUCACACCGAAACCAUCAGUGCCCGUCAAUCAGACGCCCACAUGCCUCGUUCAAGGAGCGGUGUAGACGAGGCGGGUGAGAAUAGCUCACACCACGAGCAAGAAGACGACGUUUUUAGUGACCGAAGUCCUCGAAGCUCAAUGGGAUCUGUCUCUGAGGGCGAUCACCGAAAGGCGCAGGAUGCCAUGUCAAUGGGACGCUCGCCUCGUGUCUCAGGUAUCUCAGGUAUUUCCGGUUUCUCUGAGUAUGACAGAGAAGAUGAAGACUUUAUCCCCACUAUUCGAGGUAACCCUCGACCUGUCUUCCGAUCACCAUCGUCCGUCAAGGCUAUGCAAAUGUCGUCGCCCCCAGGCUCAACAAUCGGCUCUCCUCGGUCUCCCCGACGGGCACCUGUACCAAGUGCGUCCAGGCUUGGCUCUCCCCGCUUCUCUGAGCAAUAUUCUCCCAAGAGAACACCACCUCGAUUUAAGAGAUCUACCCCUCCUCUUGUCCUUCUUCACGUCACAUUACUUCCUCUGCGUUGGCCUUGGGGUGAUGUGCUCGAGAAUGCGGACCCUGAGGAUCUAAGCAAAGAGUGCAAGACCAUUCGCGAUGCUUGGCGACAACUUCAAGACCGCAUGGGCGACACAACUGUCGAGCGUGGUAUCCUACUGCCUCAUCCCCAGAACGACUAUGAGGUUCUUGAGGAGCGGCUGCUGGAGGCACUUGAACUUCCUGUUAGGCGACGUGCUCGUAUCCUCGAGUGUGGUCAUUACCUUGGCCCCUCAAACGAGAUGACCAUUGAGGACUCGGAGUCUGACAGUGAGGAAAAUGAGUCUGAGGAAGAAGACUACGACCAGCGCCGAUCAAGUCGUCGUUCUCAACCACAGCCCACACACUGGUGCAAAACAUGUAAAUCAGACAUCACUUACGAGUCGCUUGGCCGUGGCAAGAUCUUCCGCGUCAAGGUAUAUGCCAGUAACGGUCUAAUCCGUGGUGGCGCCUGGGAGGCUUGCUGGAAGGAGAUGGAGCGAGUUGAUGUGGAGCUCGAGCCUCUUGUCGAUGCGGUCUCGCAGCAUGAGCUCGUCCAAUUGGAAGCCGAUCAGGAGAGGGAGCUGGCCAUGAGGGAAGCUGAAGAGGAGGAAAGAUAUGACAGGUUGGAGGAGGAGCGUCGAGAGUUUGAGGAAAGGGAGCGAGGACGUCUAUCCAGAAGAAGGGGAGAGUCUCGUAACCACGUCGACGAUAUUACAAAUCUCGAUGAGGGAGAAUCACACCUGGAGGGGCACAGCACUCGUGAUGUGUCCCAUCUUGAUGCAUCUCACUACGACAAGUCACUCGCCGCAGAGUCUGUUCGUGAUAAGUCAAUGCACGAGCCUUCUCAUCACGAUGAAUCUCUGCAUGAUACAACCAAAGAUCACGACCAAAGACACGCUGCGGAUGAGUCCGUUGCCAACACCACCAAGGAUUCCAUCAAAGAGUCCGCUAACGUUACCGCGGACCCCGUGGAUGGCGAAGAGAGCCGAUCCUUUGAGGAGCUUGAGAAGGAUAUCGAUGAUCAUCUCCAGGAAGAGCGUGAAAGGAGUCUGGCUGAGGAAGCAAGAUCUUCCCAUGUUGAAGACGACUCAGAUAUCGAAGGUGCAUCUUUUGCUCCUGAAGACGCAGAGCGCUUGAGGAGAGAUGAGGAUCGGCACCGGGAGAUUUAUGGUGAUGACCCUGAUGCUUCCGAAAAGCAUCAUGAACAAUCUUAUGCCGAGCGCAGCAACCCCUCUGCUCACGACCAUGCUUCUGGCUACACACAUACUCCUCAACCUCCCUCCCCCGAAGAACGUCUCAAGGCAAUGAAGAGCGCCACCUUGCCAGAACUACUAGCCGAGUCAGUUCGUGUAGCACUGCAAGACAAGAAGAACAUCUUGAUUGGCUUGCUCAGCAUUCUGAUUCUACUGCUCGCUAUCCGCGGAGGGCCUGCGCCUCAACAGGAUCCCAGGACUUUCCAGGUUUUUGGUAAUGCAGGAGUGCCUACUGUCACUGUUACACAAGGCAUGACUACAGAAACACCUGAAGUGGCUGCUGCUUCUAUGGGUGCUGUCGAUGUGGUACCUAACAAUGCUUACUCGGCUGCCCCUGAUACUUCCAUUGAGGAUGAUGUCGCUGAGGAGCCAGUCGUUGAUAGCGACUCUAUGUCUGAUGUUGUUGGGUCUCAGAUUCCCGAGCUACGUGGGAAUGAGCUAGAUAUUUCCUGCUCAGAGCGCAUUGUACGUGUCGUGGAGACAGUGACGGCUGUGGAGACUGCUACUGUCAAGGUGGUUGAGUACGCGACUGAGAUUCCUUCCCAGGAGACUCAACCCGCGGAGGCGGUCGAGGAGAAACAGGCUGAGGAGAGUGUGGCGCCUGAGGCAGAUGAUCACACUGCGGACUCGGAAGCCCCCAUCCAGGGGGAGGUACCCUUGGACGAGACAUUGGUUGCCAAAGAAACUGUUCUUGCUUCUGAAGAGGCCAACGGUCUUGAAGUGAUAGGAUCCCAGGCAACUGAAUCCCUUGAUGAAGAGGCCCCCUAUGACCUUGGACAGAAGGUCGACGGUGCGCAACUCAGCAUCGAGGCCCCAGCUGAGUAUGCCUCUGGAUAG